CUCUGCCCCUCAUUCUCUGGCAGGGCCCUAUGAUUUAUGCAGGAGCAGAGGCAGCACGCAAUCGAGCUGUCAAGAGAGCGUCAGCUUAUUAGGCAAAUGCUGCGUGGUUUCUGAAGAGGGUCGACGCUAUAAAAUCCCACUCCAGGCUCUGGUGUGGAGAAACUCAGAGCCCAAGUCCGUUGAGAGACUGAAGAGAAAGAUAAGAGGUGAAGAAAAAGAGAGUGAGGACAGAAAGGAGAGGGAAGAAAACCCCUGAAAAAGCCCGGAGACGUUCCUCUGCAGAGAGGCGGCAGCGCCCCACUCACCUGCAGAAGCACCUCAGAAGCGAGCGCCCCUAACAUGCGGCUGCCGCUGCUCUUGUCCGCGGGCGUCCUGCUGGUAGCUCUCCUGCCCUGCCCGCCAUGCAGGGCCCUCGUCAGCCGGGGGCCCAUCCCGGGCGCCCGGCAGGUCCCUCAGCAGCCCCAGCCCCUGGAUUUCUUUCAGCUGCCGCCGCAGCCCCAGCAGCCGCAACAGCCGCAGGCUCGGCCCGUCCUGCUCCGCAUGGGGGAGGAAUAUUUCCUCCGCCUGGGUAACCUCAACAAGAGCCCCGCUGCGCCCCUCUUGCCCGCCUCUUCACCUGUCGCUGGCGGCAGCGGCAGCCGCCUUUCGCCGGACGAGGCGGCCGCCAACUUUUUCCGCGCGUUGCUGCAGCAGCUGCCGCUGCCCCGGCGCCCGCUCGACAGCCCCGCAGGUCCCGCCGAGCGCGGAGCAGAGAAUGCCCUUGGCAGCCGCCAAGAGACACCGGAGAGGGAGAGGCGAUCCGAGGAACCUCCCAUCUCGCUGGAUCUCACCUUCCACCUCCUCCGAGAAGUCUUGGAAAUGGCCAGGGCCGAACAGUUAGCGCAGCAAGCUCACAGCAACAGGAAACUGAUGGAGAUUAUUGGGAAAUAAAACGAAAUCCUGUUCAGAGGUCCCUUUCAUCACCUGCAUCAUAUUAAUUUCAUCUAGGUUCCCUGCUGCUGGUGUGCAUCUCAGCCAGGCAGACCGAGGGCAGCAGCUGGAAUGAACAUCAUUCAUUCAGGGAGUUCAACCAGGAAAAGGAGAAGACAUGACGAGCUGGCUCAGAAUCAGCUCCAUUCCCACUCCCUGAAGCUGCAGCCUGUACCUGGAGGGGAGGGUCCUCAAAUCCAAUCUGCAAUAGAAGAAAAUCUGGAUCAGAGGAAGAAGAGCCUAGUCCUUUUGGGUUGGUCCAGUCACUUUUCUACUCAGGAGAAAGGAUAAUAAUAAUAAUUAUUAUAUAGAACAUAAUUAUUAUUAGGGCUGGAAAGCAAGCUCAGGCUGUCUUGGCUAUGGCCAAGAGCCAUGAAAACAAUUCACGCUCAUGAUCCAGAAAGGGGCAGCAGUAACGCAUGCAGUGGAGGGAAGUUCUUGGGAAAGAGUCCAGGCUAUUUUUUUUUUUAAGUCCACUUGUAUAUGAUUUACUGAGAUGAAAGUGGCAUUGAACUAAUAGGAAUUUGCCUUUAGAAAAGUCCACAGUGUACAACAUGAUGACUAUAGUUAACACUGCUGUCUGACAUAUUUGAAAGU